GUGAAGCACGAAUAUUCAACAUUGACGUCCAGGUACUUAGUACAAGUAGUAGUAGUAGAGUUCGACGAACUACGCUAGUAAUCACCGACUGGCUAUGUCAAGGACCUGCAUAGCACGUCGCAAGUGAAACGUUAUGGUUAUAUGCUUGUUGAUUGGUAGCGAGCUUUGUAGCUGUAAUCUGAAUCCGAAUAAGGAGGUCAGAUAGGCGCCGUCAUGAAACGUCCGAUUCUGAGGGACAGCACGCGUGUCGUAGGUGUAUCACGAACACUCUGACGUCCGUCAGCUCGUAACCUGCCGGAAAGAGGUUAGACCAUUCAGCUUAUUUAGGGGCAACAAAGGAAACACGAGUGGCAUCGUCAUUGCAAUGCUCCAAACACGUCGCAAGGACACACAGUCUAUGAUAAGUAGAUCGUCCGGGUACGGAUAUAUUUUUGAGUGUCAGUAUCGAGACUUACAUGCCCUUCGGUCCUGUUGAUAGCAAGGGAACCGAGCUUUACUAUGAAGAUAGUGGUGUUCCUGCGACUAUGCCAACCAACUACAAAACAAUAGUCAUCCUCCACGGGACAUUGUUUAAUUGUGGCAUAUUCAGACCCAUUAUACCUUUUGCAGAUGAGAAUGCCUCCCGAAUCAUCCUGAUAAACCAGCGAGACUAUCGUCAUUCAACUCCGUUCAACAAGGACGAGUUAAAAGGCUUAAAGAGCGGCGAUAAGGACAAGCAGGACGGUUUCGUCCGAGAUCGUGUUCGCGAGCUAGGGAACUUUCUCACUUGGCUUAUUGUGCAGGAAGAUAUUCCUGCCAAUAGGUCGGGAAACGUUGACGGGGGUGGAAUUGCUCUUGUAGGCUGGUCGUGCGGCAACUGUCUUAUCCUUCCAUUCCUCGCACUCACGGAGGAAGUAAUGGACGACAAUGAACAGAAGGAUAUUCUGCGUAGAUAUAUCCGUUCGGUCAUUUUAUAUGAUCCGGCCAAUGUUGCUAUGGGUAUCGCCGUUCCUCCUGCCGUCAGUGGUACCACAAUGACAUAUGAUACAUUUGCGCCGAUUGUCAGUAGUUAUUGCGACCACGACCCCUCUUUGAUCGACUACCUCGAAUCACCCACCAUGAACAAAUUUACCGAUGAUGAACAGGUGUAUAACGCUCUUGCUUAUACGCCUUCGAGCGACCCAAAUCCGACAUCAGACCGCAUCCCAUCCGAGCUUUUCUCAAAAAUCACGGAGCCGCUUGAAGUAUUUGACCGCUCGAUGGUCCCCACCGUGUGUCUCAGCCCAGAGCUCUAUCACAACUACUGCAUACGAGCUAUUCAAGGUGGUGCGUUUCCAAAUGUCCGAGUAGAGGUCAUGGUCUGUAGCAGAACUAUCGCCGUUGUCGUCUUCGGAGUAUACAAGAUUCAGAGAAUGCUUUUGGAAAAUCAGAUCUUGAAAAAGAUGGAGAAUCGGAGGCAGGCGUCGUUCCACGUCUGGAGGGACUUCAAUCAUUGCGCCCACUGGGAAGAACCAGAGAAGUUUAUUCGUCUACUCUCCGGGGUCAUUUGAUUAUGCUGAUAUCUUUGCACGAUGUUCCUAUCCAAUGCAAUUAUGCAGGCUUAUGAAGAGCCAUUAUAUGCAAGGUGUAUAUAGAAUGUGGAAUGAAAGUUUUGACCUGUCCUUUUUUCGGAUACUUAGGCAUGGUUAUGAAUUAUUAUUGAAGGUAAAUUGCAAUGGAACACCUAUUAUACAUUUCGGAAGUCCUGGGCCUGGUACUAAGUAGCACUAGUCUCACAGGCCCUUGCCAUAGUCAGCCAACUAUCGCUCGAUUCAAUAACCCAAUUGGUAAACG